AAGGAGCAGAUUGAAGCGUGAAGGAAGAAACAGCGCCCAGACCAUAUUGAGAAUAUACAGUGGGAUGGCUGGAGCCAAGCUGAGGGAUUCACCGUCAGAGAUAGGUCCAGAUGAUAAGACUGUUUCGCAGAAGAUAGGGGGGCCGAACUGGGUCUAUACCACAGUGUCGACCUCGACCCGAAGGAUGGGAUCAGUCGGCAGCGAAGCUGGCCAAAGGGUGCAAGUUGAGUUUUACGUCAAUGAAAAUACCUUCAAGGAGAGGCUGAAGCUUUUCUUCAUUAAAAACCAAAGAUCAAGUUUAAGAAUCCGACUCUUCAACUUCUCUCUCAAGCUGCUCUCCUGCCUCUUGUACAUUGUACGGGUUUUACUGGACGAUCCAACAGAGGGCAUUGGAUGCUGGGGGUGCCCUAAACAGAAUUACACCGCUCACGCAAACGUAACAGAAAUCAGAUGGGCUCCCAUUCUUUGGGUGGACAGAAGACUAGCAGUAUGGGCUAUUCAGGUUAUCGUGGCCUUAAUAAGUUUCUUGGAGGCGAUGCUUCUUGCAUAUCUGAGCUACAAGGGAAACAUCUGGGAGCAGAUCUUCCGAAUAUCCUUCAUUCUGGAGAUGAUUAACACAGCCCCCUUCAUAAUCACUAUAUUCUGGCCUCCACUGAGAAACAUAUUUAUUCCAGUAUUUUUAAAUUGCUGGCUGGCUAAAUGUGCUCUGGAGAGUAUGAUAAAUGACUUGCAUCGAGCCAUCCAGAGGACUCAGUCAGCAAUGUUCAACCAAGUUCUCAUUCUUAUCUGCACUCUUCUGUGCCUAGUGUUUACUGGGACCUGUGGAAUUCAACACCUGGAGAGAGCUGGAAACAACCUCUCCCUCUUCAAGUCCCUGUAUUUCUGCAUCGUCACAUUCUCCACUGUUGGGUACGGGGACGUGACACCUCAGAUCUGGCCGUCUCAGCUUCUUGUAGUUAUCAUGAUCUGUGUGGCUCUUGUGGUGCUGCCUCUUCAGUUUGAGGACUUGGUGUACCUGUGGAUGGAACGGCAGAAAUCUGGCGGGAAUUAUAGCCGCCACCGCGCUCAGACAGAGAAGCAUGUGGUGCUGUGUGUCAGCUCCCUGAAGAUAGACCUCCUCAUGGACUUUCUCAAUGAAUUCUAUGCACAUCCCAGACUUCAGGAUUAUUAUGUGGUGAUUCUGUGCCCGACGGAGAUGGAUAUUCAGGUCCGACGAGUCCUACAGAUUCCUCUGUGGUCACAGCGGGUCAUCUACCUGCAGGGGUCAGCUCUGAAGGACCAAGAUCUCAUGAGGGCCAAAAUGGAUGAUGCUGAAGCCUGUUUCAUUCUGAGCAGUCGGAAUGAGGUGGAUAGGACAGCAGCAGACCAUCAGACAAUCCUGAGAGCAUGGGCCGUGAAGGACUUUGCACCAAACUGCCCGCUCUAUGUCCAGAUUCUGAAGCCAGAAAAUAAAUUCCAUGUUAAAUUUGCAGAUCAUGUAGUUUGUGAAGAAGAGUUUAAGUACGCCAUGUUGGCUCUGAACUGUAUUUGUCCUGCCACAUCCACCCUCAUCACUCUGUUAGUUCACACUUCCCGAGGACAAACCCCCUUGGAUCCUUUAAACCCGAGACAAGGAGCAUGCCACUCUUUAUUCAGGGAAGGCCAGCAGUCUCCUGAACAGUGGCAGCGGAUGUAUGGCCGGUGCUCCGGGAACGAGGUCUAUCACAUCAGCCUGGGAGACAGCAAGUUCUUUGGAGAGUACGAGGGGAAGAGUUUCACCUACGCUUCCUUCCACGCACAUAAAAAGUACGGUGUGUGUUUGAUUGGGGUCAAGAGAGAAGACAAUAAGAGCAUCUUGUUGAACCCGGGUCCCAGACACAUCAUGGCAGCCUUGGAUACCUGUUACUACAUCAACAUCACCAAGGAGGAGAACUCCGCUUUCAUCUUCAAACAGGAGGAGAAGCACAAGAAGAAGGGAAUGGCACCCGGGGGGCUGUACAGUGGACCUUCCAGACUCCCUGUCCACAGCAUCAUCGCCAGCAUGGGUACUGUUGCUAUGGACCUGCAGAACACAGAGUGCUGCCCCGACAGCAGCAGCAGUAAACUAGCCCUGCCCACUGAGAACGGAGGAAACAGCAGAAGGCCUAGCAUCGCCCCAGUUCUGGAGAUAGCAGACUCCACCUCCAUUCUACCAUGUGACCUGUUGAGCGACCAAUCCGAAGAUGAAACAGCCCAGUCAGAUGACGAAGGACUGCCUGCUCUGGAGUAUGUGAAAGGGUACCCUCCCAAUUCACCUUAUAUCGGGAGCUCUCCAACCUUGUGUCACCUACUGCCUCAGAAAGCACUGUUCUGCUGUCUGAGACUGGACAAGGGCUGUGAGCACAACAGUUUUGAAGAUGCUAAGGCGUAUGGCUUUAAGAAUAAGCUGAUUAUUGUUUCGGCAGAAACUGCUGGGAAUGGGUUGUAUAAUUUCAUAGUUCCUCUGCGAGCCUACUAUAGACCCAGAAAAGAACUGAACCCCAUCGUACUGCUUCUCGACAACCCACCUGAUAACCACUUCUUGGAGGCAAUCUGCUGUUUUCCUAUGGUGUACUUCAUGGCUGGAACCAUUGACAACCUGGAUAACCUGCUCCAGUGUGGCAUCAUCUACGCUGACAAUCUGGUCGUAGUUGAUAAGGAGAGCACCAUGAGUGCUGAGGAGGACUACAUGGCAGAUGCUAAAACUAUCGUCAAUGUCCAAACUAUGUUCAGGCUAUUCCCCAGUCUGAGCAUUAUCACAGAACUCACCCACCCCUCCAAUAUGAGGUUCAUGCAGUUCAGAGCCAAGGACUGCUAUUCCCUCGCGCUCUCCAAACUGGAAAAGAAGGAGCGUGAAAAAGGCUCAAACCUGGCCUUCAUGUUCAGACUCCCAUUCGCAGCCGGCAGAGUGUUCAGCAUCAGCAUGCUGGAUACUUUGCUGUAUCAGUCAUUUGUGAAGGAUUACAUGAUACCUAUAGCAAGAUUAUUACUGGGCCUUGACACCACCCCUGGGUCAGGAUACCUGUGUGCUAUGAAGAUCACAGAAGAUGAUUUGUGGAUUAGAACGUAUGGAAGGUUAUUCCAAAAGCUGUGCUCAUCCAGUGCUGAAAUUGCCAUUGGCAUGUACAGGACAGAAUCCCAUAUGUUUGCAACAUCUGAGUCACAAGACAUUGGUCCACAGUCCCAGAUCUCCAUCAAUGUUGAGGAGUGUGAGGACACAAGGGACGUGAAAGAACCAUGGAACCAAAGAGGCAGCCACAGGAACUCCACCUCCAGUGACCAAUCGGAGCACCCGUUACUGAGGAAGAAGAGCAUGCAGUGGGCACGGCGACUGAGCAGGAAAGGGAACAAGCAAACGAGUAAAACGGAGCGAAUCAGCCAGCAGAGACUGAAUCUGUACCGCCGCUCAGAGAGACAGGAGCUUUCUGAGCUGGUGAAAAACCGAAUGAAGCACCUGGGUUUGCCUACCACAGGUUACGAGGAUGUAGCAAAUUUAACUGCCAGUGAUGUGAUGAAUCGGGUAAACCUAGGAUAUUUGCAAGUGGCACUGUCAGAUGAAAUGAAUGACCAUCAGAACACCCUGUCGUAUGUUCUUAUCAACCCUCCGCCAGACACCCGGCUUGAGCUCAAUGAUAUAGUGUACCUGAUCCGCUCAGACCCUCUGGCUCAUGUUCCUAAUGAGAAUGGAAAAGGUAGCUUCGGUAUGAAACAAGACUUUAGCAGUGAAACCAGAGAUGAAACGCAGCUCUGAAUUCUGAACACCAGCCUUGAACAUGCUUACUGCCAUUUACUUUAUAAAGAUGCAUGGAAGUGUGCUGGCAUUACACACCCACUGGCUAGAGACAGCCACCUUCCCUGGGAACCUAGGAACUGGGAACAGAGAGGAGAAUGAUCUGGAAAACCAGAAGUGAGAGUGUGAGGUAGAUGAAUGGGAAAUGUGCAUAAUGAGCACCACUUCAUUAGAUCUGCAGUGCAGUAACUGGAGUGAGAACCCAGGCUUUGAAAUCGUGUUGGCAUUUUGAACACCGGCCCCUACUCACAGAGCUUUUAACUCAUUACUUACUUAGUCUGUUUGUAUGAAUAAAAUACAGUUUUAGAUUGUAGUUCAUUAACAGCAGUCUAGGACUAUAUCUUAUUGAUAUGUUAUUAAAUAAAGAGAAAAAGAUGAAUAAAAGGUUAAUUAAAAAUAUUUAAAAGUUUCUGAUUAGGGCCCAUCGUCGUUGCCCCUCGUAUUGAGUUGCUGAAGAUCUUGUGGCGUCAGUCAGGAGAGAUCUUGCGAUUUUAGAACUAGCUUUUUAUAAUAGAUUAAAAACAGCAGCACAUACCACAACAUUUUGACUUGGUUGGCAUUGGCACUGGACUUGCCUUUCAGAGCACUUAGUGCUGCCUCGAAAUGUGAUUGAUAUUUCGUUGGCGAGCCGCAUGGUGUGCAGGGUGAGUCAUACAGUCAGGAGGUCGCAGGUUCGCAUCCUGGCUGUGCAAAUUCACCAAUCAUUGGCCUUGGUGCUCCUGCGUUUUGGGAAGCAAAACCAAAAGGAUCUGUUUCUCCGUAUCGCGCUACAGCGGACCCUACCAGCCAGGCAUCCAGUAAGCUCUAGUGGACACCUGCAGAGCUGGCCUUUGUCCAGAGGUCAGUAGCUCACUGACGUCUGCUGUCAAGUUUCUGGGUGUAGAAGAGGAAACUGGCUUGGUUGUGGGAUCGGAGGACGCCCAGUGUACCUUCAGUUCUCUUGA